UCCACUGGGAAAUAUUUUACUAGGUCAGGGGUUCAGAGGAUUGGGUUCGCUUUGAGUAAUCAAACUUACAAGCCUCCUGAAGAGUUUGGACCCUAUUAUUUUUUAGCGGCACCAUACAUCUUCGACGACGGACAUCGAGGAACUUCUAUCAGCUCGAAUAUAAUUAUUGGAAUAGCAAUUGGCUGUGCCAUUUUGGUCCUGGUCCUUGUGGGGCUAGGGAUAUAUGCUGUUCAGCAAAAGAAACGUGCUGAGAAAGCCAUUGGAUUGAGCAAACCAUUUGCUUCUUGGGCUCCUAGCGGCAAAGACAGUGGAGAUGCACCACAACUGAAAGGAGCUAGAUGGUUCUCUUAUGAUGAACUCAAGAAAUGCACCAAUAACUUCUCUGAUAAUAAUGAGAUUGGAUCUGGAGGCUAUGGCAAGAGGAAUGCUCUCUAGCGGGCAACUCGUUGCAAUCAAAAGAGCUCAACAAGGUUCCAUGCAAGGUGGGCUUGAGUUCAAGACUGAAAUUGAGUUGCUUUCACGGGUUCAUCACAAGAACCUUGUUGGCCUCGUGGGGUUUUGUUUUGAACAAGGAGAACAGAUGUUAGUAUACGAAUAUAUGCCUAAUGGGACACUUAGAGAAAGUUUGUCAGGGAGAUCCGGCAUUCAUUUAGAUUGGAAGAGGAGGCUUCGUAUUGCCGUUGGUUCAGCCAGAGGACUAACUUAUCUACAUGAGCUUGCAAAUCCUCCUAUAAUUCACAGAGAUAUCAAGUCCACCAAUAUUCUGUUGGAUGAACAUCUAACAGCAAAGGUUGCAGAUUUUGGCUUGUCUAAGCUAGUAUCAGACAGUGCAAAAGGGCAUGUGUCAACUCAAGUUAAAGGCACACUGGGUUAUCUCGAUCCAGAGUAUUAUAUGACUCAGCAAUUGACAGAGAAAAGCGAUGUUUACAGUUUUGGUGUGGUGAUGCUUGAACUGAUAACCGCUAAGCAGCCAAUCGAGAAGGGAAAAUACAUAGUCCGUGAGGUGAGAACGGCAAUGAAUAAGAAUGAUGAGGAGACUUAUGGCUUGAGGGAGAUAAUGGAUACAUCCAUUAGAAGCAUGGCAAAUCUUAUAGGGUUCGGGAGGUUUCUGGAGUUGGCAAUGCAAUGCGUGGAAGAAUCAGCUGCAGACCGUCCAACUAUGAGUGAAGUAGUUAAGGCACUCGAAACCAUUCUACAGAACGAUGGGCUGAACACGAACUCAACAUCUGCCUCCUCAUCAGCCACAGACUUUGGAUCAAUGAGAGGAGCUCCUAAACAUCCCUACAACGAUGCUCUGCCUAAAAAGGAUGUUAAUGAAAGUGAUGCCUUUGACUACAGCGGUGGUUACACACUUUCAACAAAAGUAGAACCCAAGUAGGAGAUGUAUGCUCUUUCCUGACUUUCUUUCUUGCUUGUAUUGUUUUAUUCUUGGAGAACCCUCGAUAGAAUUACAAAGUUUGUUCUGUCUAUCUACAACGUUUGUUGUCUAUCAAAAUUGGAAAUUGCUGUUAAAGCUUAUAUAGAGUUUCUAACUCCUUACUUGUGGCAAAAGCC